UCCCUCUGCCCUCAAGCUGUGUCCAUGUCUGGGAGCCUCAUCACUAUCAUCCUGCCGGUUAUGUCACUGAAGCUGAGCCCAUUCACAAGCUUAGUAACUUGAGCCUUGCUGACUCAUGCUUAUCGCACGAAAUGUGUAAGACCGCCCUGAAAUAUCCAGCACCACCCCCUGCAACAUCGACCUACCUGCUUCCAGCUAUAUAUAGCAGAUGACAGCGUUACUGCACAUGGAUAGAGAUCUGAGCAAUCAUAAGGACCACAGGACUGACCACAGCUCUGCUCGCUGCUCCUGGACCUCUGACUGGAUUUGAGUGACCACUAUGUCUGCAAAACUAGCUGAAUGCCACACAAGUAUGAGAUCACCGCUUCCAGUGCUUGUUAUAGGUAAUGGUCCAUCAGGCAUCUGUCUCUCAUACUUGCUGUCUGGUUAUACUCCAUAUUUGAUAGACAAAGCUACACAUCCAAACCCAAUGUUACAAAGAAAGCUGGAGGAAUUCCCCAAUGUUCCCAUCACUCAACAGGACCUGGAGUAUUUGUCUGAGGGCUUGGAAGGUCGCUCCAACAGUCCGGUUGCUCUGUUGUUCGAUACCUUGCUCAGGCCAGACACUGACUUCCUGGGAGAUGUGGAGUCUGUAUUGCAGUGGACAAAAGAACCCAAAAGAGCUGUUCCUCACCUGGUGCUUGGCCGAGGUCCACCCGGAGGAGCGUGGAAUGCAAUUGAGGGUUCAAUGAUAACUCUUAGUCGUGGAGACUGGAUGGGGCUCCCUGAUUUAUCUUUCAAAGAUUGGAUGAGGACGAAAAAAAGGAACCUCAGGAAUGACAGGUCCACUGCAGGGGACAUCCUGAAUUAUUACCAAUACUAUGUAAAGAAUAAAAGACUAGAGAACAAUUUCUUAUCUGGUGCAGUUGUCACUUCUGUUAUGAAAAUCAGUAAAGACAUGGAAAACGGUAUCGGGAGUGAGCCCAUUUGGAAUAAUGCAGAGUUUAAAGAAGAGCAAAACCAGGACAAAAGUGUAUUCCAAGUUAGUGGAUUUAUUGAAAAUGACAUUGGUUCCAUGCAGAAAUUCUGUCUCUAUGCUGAGAAUGUUGUACUGGCAACAGGCACAUUUGACAGCCCUUCUUGGCUGGGUAUCCAAGGAGAAGACCUUCCAUUUGUCUCACAUCAGAUAUCUGCUCUUGAGGAAGCAGUAAAAUUUAAGAAGGUCCACCAAGAGUCUGACCCAGUGCUGAUCAUAGGGGCCGGACUGACUGCUGCAGAUGCCAUUCUUCUAGCUCGCCAUUACAACAUCCCUGUCAUCCAUGCUUUCAGAAGACGAGUUAAUGAUCCUGCGCUCAUCUUUAACCAGUUACCGCAUAUCAUGUACCCAGAGUACCAUAAAGUACACCAAAUGAUGAAAGAACAAUCAGUCUUUCAAGGAGGACCCUACAAGGGCUACACAAGCCUACCAGAGCACCAUGCUGUGUGCUUCAAUGAUGACAUGAAAUGUACCUUCAGAGACAAGAAUGGUCAGCACACAGCUUUUAAGGUUUCAAUGGUUUUUAUUCUCAUUGGAUCUAACCCAAACUUGUCUUUCCUUCCUAAAAAUGGCACAGACUUGGCUUUGGAUACAGAGCAACCGGUCAACUCCAAACGGAAUCCUCUUGAUAUUGAUCCAUUCACAUACGAGUGUAUUCAAGAGAAAGGACUGUAUGCCGUGGGACCCCUGGCCGGUGAUUAUUUUGUACGCUUUGUCCAAGGGGGUGCAUUGGCUGUUGCUAGCAAUCUCCUAAAAUCUAAGAAAAGGCCCCCCUAAUGAUAUACAAUACUGUACCACAUUUUAGGAUACAUCUUAGGCCAGCCACAAUAACAGGAUGAAAGGCCAUUUUUAAAACAAUGUAGAAUGUCCCAUAAAAUAAGCUACUGGACUUACAUACGUAAAAAGAAUGCAACUUCAAGAAUUUUGUCUGUUAUUACCGUUCUACAAGAAUAUUAAGGGGUUCACAUUUGUAUUAAUAUUCUACAAGACUAUAUUUUGAUAUUGAGGGGUAAAAAAAUAUGUAUUAAUAUUUUAUAGCAAAAAUUCUAUGACAUUUUUUUAUAGGUAAUUCAUCUUUCAUAAACACUCAGUAGAAAAGAAAAAAAUGUCCAAUUGAAGAACAUAACAUGUAAGGUUAAGAGUUGUUCUUAGCUUGGGGCCAAUCUGGUUGUAACCAGCGUACAGUCAUUCCAAAUGUUACUUGCUGGGCAACAUAUUUUUUAGUUAAAAGAAAAUAAUUUCGUUUUUGCGUCAGCAGGUCACACCCAAUAAACUACAGACCUUUAACCCUCAGACCCUGUUUACAAUUUUCAUGAAUGUGAACUGGAUUUUACAGGAUCACAUUUACUGCUGCUCAAUAGGCAUUUGACUUUUAUAUAUGUAUAUUACUUAAACCUUAUUGUAUAUUACUUAAACCUUAUUUAUGACUUUUAUAGCAAUUCUCUCUGGGAGGAAAGGCGGUUACUGUUUUCCACUGAAGAGACCCAGUUGCUCUAUGGAGAUUUUAUUUGAGGCAAAGUCCUAUAUGGAAAUGUGUACAAAUGAAUUCUCCUCCAGAAGGAAUAUACUAUUUCAUAUUAGCCAAUCACAGUCUCCUCCAAAACAAGCUUAUGUGCACACUCUAUUUCCCAUUGAGCAUAACCUUAUAAUAAUCACCAUACACCUAGUGGAUUUUUUCAAUGUGACACAGUACCCCUACUUUCUGGGGCACCUUUCUAGCCAGCCUUUUAGAUUAGAGGUAAUGUGUGGGACAUUUUCUAAAUGGUGUUCAUAAAAUACAUAUGUGCCAAAGAAAAUUUUAAAAUGGACCUGUCAGCAGAAAAACACUGGCACUAUAAUGGUUCUGGGCAUACCGUCUUAUUUCCAUAGUCCUAUCCAGUACCGAGAUAUAAGCCAUUUUGUUAUUAUGCAAAUGAGGCUCAAGUGCCCAGAGAGCAUUCCCCAGCACAACAAAUCCAGCCCAUGUUCUCAUUUUUACCACCUACUGGCACAAUUGAAUCUACCUACCAUGUUUCAUUAACAGCUAGUAGAUAAAGAGGGCAUGGAUUGGACAUACCUGGGCUCUGACCAGAGGCGUAACUUGUAGCUUCUGGGAAAAAUCUGCAACAGGGCCCCAUAGGCCAAUUAUAAUACCAGUUUCUUAUAGGGAAGAUGUGCUUUGGGGCCCCCUUAGACACCAGGGCCCCAGUGCGACUGCUACCUCUAUAGCUAUGCCCCUGUCUCUGGUCAGGCUGGGGAAUACCCCUGGACACUUAAGCCUCAAUUCCAUAAUAAAAAAGGUUUAUAUCUCAGUACUGGAAAGGACUAUGGACAUAAAAAAAAGGUAUGAUUGGAAUCCUAAUUACUAGCCUUAUCUAAAUAUUUGUUUCUUUACACCCCUGUUUUCCUGGUGACAGGUGCGCUUUAAGUAAAUGCCAUUAUAACAUUCCUUGAGAUCAUUAUUCUAUAGCAGCAUCUUUAAUUUGCUAAAACUACUUCUAUAGAAGAAGCUCCCCUAAAAGGGUUAUCUAGCAUUUAUACAGAAAUUCUCAUUCAACUAUUAGCCAGAGCAGUACAAUGAGAGUAUCCCACUGUGGAGAACCUGCAUACCCAUGCCUUACAUAUACAGCCCUGUAAUGCUCUAGUUCACCAGCGAAGGAGAAUUAAACUUAUGCUGCUAUAUUGGCCCUAAGAUUACUACUGAUGCAGGGGAUCCCGGCAUGCAGAAUACGAUAUGAUCACCUUAUUGUCACAUGACCUUUCUAACAAAAAACAUAUUUCAAAGCAGACAACCUAUUAAUUGAUCAUGGUAAAACUAACACUGCUACCACUAGGCCUGAACAAAGCCUAUAAGGCAAAUUGCCACCUAGUAGAGAAGGGGAGGGAGCUCUAUUUAGGUAAUUUGGCCCCCCUGUAAAAUUUUUACUAAAUAAACAAUGUAUUACACCAAAUCUUACUUAAUCAAUUGGUAUUUUUAAAUAAGUAGAAUCUUAAGUUUAGCAACCCCAGAAGGUUCUAUGUCUCUAGAUGUGGAAUAGACAGACAACUGAAAAACAUAACUAGCAAAUGGAAUAUCAAUCCUUAAAUAAUUAGAAAUGCACUGAAAGGAAUGCUGAACUCUUUGUAUAACUGUACAUUGUAUUUUAGAAGUUAAACUGGUAAUAUAUCACCAUGUAAUUUUAAUAUAUAUAUAUAUAUUUGAAGUUUGUAUUUUUGUAACUACUGUUAAAGAAUUUUUUUUAUAUUUUAUUCUAUUUUAUUAUUUUUACAAUAAAUAACAUUUAUAUUAA